CCUCCUUCUGCCGCUGCUGCUCGCCCCCGUCCUGUACCAGAGCGCCCGGGGCUGCGGGCCCUCGCUCGUCGUCUGGGUCGCGGCUCUCCAUGGAGCUCGCCCGGCGGGGAAAUGACCGACCACGAGAACAAUAACAGCAUUUCCCGGAACCCCUUCGCCGCCCUCUUCAGCUCCGUCGCCGACGCCCGGCACUUCGCCGAGAUCCAGAAGCAGACGCCGACGCCACCCGCGGUAGAGGAAACCUCUGCCAGCCAAGAUGAUUCUGACAACAGUGUGUCUGAGAGUCUGGAUGAUUGCGACUACUCUGUGGCUGAGAUCAGUCGCUCCUUUCGCUCCCAGCAGGAGCUGUGCGAGCAGCUCAACAUCAACCACAUGAUCCAGAGAAUCUUCCUGAUAACAUUGGAUAACAGUGACCCCAAUCUGAAGAGUGGAAAUGGCAUUCCUGCACGGUGUGUCUACCUGGAGGAAAUGGCUGCAGACCUUGAGGAUCAGGACUGGCUGGACAUGGAAAAUGUAGAACAGGCUCUUUUUACCCGGCUACUGCUUCCGGAACCAGGAAAUCACUUGAUCCACAUGACUUCAACUGGCAUACAGAACCUCCCAGCAGACAGAGAUGCAGGAGAGAAACACAUCCUGCGAUACCUCUUUGCUUGUUUCCGGAGGGCAAAGGAGGAGAUCACCAAGGUGCCAGAGAACUUGUUGCCUUUUGCAGUGCGUUGCAGAAAUCUGACUAUAUCCAACACUCACACACUCUUCCUAACACCAGAGAUCUAUGUCAACCAGAAUGUCUAUGAGCAGUUAGUGGACUUGAUGCUGGAAUCAUUAAGAGGAGCUCACUUUGAAGACAUAACAGAGUUCCUGGAGGAGGUCAUCAAGAGCCUCACGAUGGAUGAGGAAGUGAGGACUUUUGAGGAGGUUAUGGUCCCUGUCUUCGACAUCCUCUUAGGACGAAUACGGGAGCUACACCUUUGCCAGAUCCUGUUGUACUCUUAUCUGGAUAUACUCCUGUAUUUCACCAAGCAAAAGGAUAUUGCCAAAGUUUUUGUUGAGUACAUUCAGCCAAAAGAUCCAGCCAAUGGACAGCUUUACCAGAAGACACUGUUGGGAACCAUCUUGAACAUCUCAUGUCUUCUGAAGACACCUGGUGUGGUGGAAAGCCAUGGCUACUUUCUGAACCCCUCUCGAUCCAGUCCUCAAGAGAUCAAGGUGCAAGAAUCCAACAUCCACCAGUUCGUGGCUGAAUUCCACGAGAAGAUCCACCAAAUGCUGAAGAACUUGCUGCAGCUCUCCCCACAAACGAAGCAUAAGAUCCUGGCCUGGCUUGGAAACUGUCUUCAUGCCAAUGCUGGGCGCACCAAAAUUUGGGCCAACCAGAUGCCAGAGAUCUUCUUCCAGAUGUAUGCCUCAGAUGCCUUCUUCCUGAACUUGGGAGCUGCUCUCCUCAGGCUCUGUCAGCCCUUCUGUAAGCCCCGAUCUCCCAGGCUUCUGACAUUUGACCCCACUUAUUGUGCUGUGAAGGAACUGAAUGAGGAGGAGCAGAGGGUGAAGAAUGUUCACAUGAAAGGUUUGGAACGAGAAACUUCUUUGAUCCCAGCUGUAACUGAGCAGGAACCACAGUUUGCUGACAGCUAUAACCUGGUGACCGAGAACUUGGUAUUGACGCAGUACACCCUCCACUUAGGAUUUCACAGGUUGCAUGACCAGAUGAUCAAACUCAACCAAAGCCUUCAUCGACUGCAGGUGGCAUGGCGGGAAGCUCAGCAGAGCUCCAGCCCCUCAGCUGACAAUCUCCGGGAGCAGUUUGAGCGUCUCAUGACCAUCUACCUUUCCACUAAAGCAGCCAUGACAGAGCCUCAGAUGUUGAAGAACUGCCUCAAUCUGCAGGUGUCCAUGGCUGUUCUCCUGGUCCAGCUGGCCAUUGGAAACCAAGGGACUGAGCUGAUGGACUUGACCUUCCCUCUGCCAGAAGUGAAGAACAGUGCGCUGGCCUAUGUUCCAGAAUUCUUUGCUGACAACUUAGGUGAUUUCUUCAUUUUCCUGCGCCGCUUUGCUGAUGAUCUCCUAGAACCUUCAGCUGACUCCCUGGAGCAUGUGCUUCAUUUUGUGACCAUCUUCACAGGGGAUGUGGACAGAAUGAAGAACCCACAUUUGAGAGCCAAACUGGCUGAAGUACUGGAGGCUGUGAUGCCCCACCUGGAUCAGGCACAGACGCCUCUUGUCUCAAGUGUCUUUCAUCGCAAGAGAAUCUUCUGCUCCUACCAACAUGCUGCCUACCUUGCUGAGGCACUAAUUAAGGUUUUUGUGGACAUUGAAUUUACAGGAGAUCCCCAUCAAUUUGAGCAGAAGUUUAAUUAUCGUAGACCCAUGUACCCUAUCCUCCGGUAUAUGUGGGGCACUGACUCAUACCGGGCAAGCAUAAAGGCACUGGCUGACGAUGCCUCCGAGAACCUUGAAGCAAUGGCCCCCCCUCUCUUCUUGCGCUUUCUUAACCUGCUUAUGAAUGAUGCCAUUUUCUUGUUGGAUGAAGCAAUACAGUACCUGAGCAAGAUCAAGAUCCAGCAAAUAGAGAAGGACCGGGGCGAGUGGGACAGCCUGUCUGCAGAAGUGCGGCGUGAGAAGGAAGCCAGCCUGCAGAUGUUUGGGCAGUUGGCUCGCUUCCACAACAUCAUGUCCAAUGAGACCAUUGGGACCUUGGCCUUCCUGACCUCAGAGAUCAAGUCUCUCUUUGUGCACCCUUUCCUGGCGGAACGCAUUAUCUCCAUGCUCAACUACUUCCUCCAACACCUGGUAGGCCCCAAAAUGGGGGCCUUGAAGGUCAAGGACUUCAGUGAAUUUGACUUCAAGCCCCAACAACUGGUUUCUGACAUUUGUACGAUAUAUCUAAACCUGGGUGAUGAAGCGAACUUUUGUGCCACAGUGCCUAAGGAUGGGCGAUCAUAUUCCCCAACUCUUUUUGCUCAGACGAUCCGAGUCUUGAAGAAAAUUAAUAAGCCUGGCAACAUGAUUGUAGCAUUUAGCAACCUGGCAGAACAAAUUAAGUCUCUAGCAGAUCGUCAGCAGCAGGAAGAGGAGACAUACGCUGAUGCCUGUGAUGAAUUUCUGGAUCCCAUCAUGAGCACCUUAAUGACAGACCCAGUGCUGCUGCCUUCUUCUCGAGUCACAGUGGACAGGGCAACAAUCGCUAGGCACCUCUUGAGUGAUCAGACAGAUCCUUUCAAUCGCAGCCCUCUCACCAUGGACCAGAUCAAGCCAAAUACUGAACUGAAGGAGAGGAUCCAGCAAUGGCUGGCCGACAGAAAGAAGCAAAAGGAGGUUGUGGUGGGGGGGCUGUGAGUUGGCCAGAAUGCUGUGGCCCCAGCUGCCUCUUUCAGUGAACCCAGGUUUUGACUGUUCUUUCUCAUUUUCUCCAUAACUUUUCUGUGGUUCCUUAUAUUUAAGAUCUUCUGGAAACCUCCUUCCUUGACAGUUUAAUUUGCCUGCUAUAUUGUUUUCAUAAGAAUCCUUCACCAUGUUUGUUUCUCUUUAACUGUUGCCCCAGAUACUGGGCUGAACUUUCCCUUUUAUGUUUAAGAAGAAAAGCUGUAUUUACUCAACUGGGGCAGAAGUUUUUCUUGUGUAAAGCCAUUGUAGCCUGGUGAUUUGUGGAUCGCUCUGCCAAAACAGGAGCAACCAAUAUCGAUAAGAAAUAGUUGGUAGAAUUAUGGGAGAAAGUGGGCCAUAAUAUCAAGCAGCUUUCGUAAACCUUCCUUAGCACUCUUGCUUCCAGUAACUGUAUUUUGGGGAAACACUGUGAACGGAUGAUUGUGCAGGUGCCCUGUAAUUCCUACCUGCUUUAAUACAGUGCCUGCUGCAUGAAAGAUGUACACAUUGUGUGCAUAGUAUGUUAGCUUCCUUUAGAUCAAUAAACGUAUUGGAUGUCCA